AGGGUGAAUGACUGCAACAGUUUGCCGUGCAUGGAUAUCUGGUGUACUGACGAGGAAAUUUCACAGACGGUUUAACAUGAAAAAUUAAUAGAAGUUUUGCUUAGAUACUGUACAGCAUGAUACAUUUAAUAAUGACAUUGAAAUUCAAAAUGACUUAUAGUCACCAGAUCUUAAUAUGUUCAGAGGACUUUUAGAAAUGAGUUUUUCGGAGAAGAUACGCCUGUUGUAUGAAGGGAAAAAAUGCUCAUAUAGAAAGAGAGAUAAAGAAUUAGAAAAACAAGCCCUUGAUUGGAUUGAAGCUAAUUUAGGGGAACCUGUAGAUAGAUCGAAACCUUAUGAAGAUGUUCUACGAGACGGAAUCGUAUUAUGCAAUCUGAUGAAGAAAUUACUGCCCGGAUGUAUAAAGAAGAUUGAUACAAAGGGAGGAGGUUUUGCUUUAAUGCAAAACAUAGAGCGAUUCCAAGAAGCUGCUAAAAAAUACGGUGUACCAGUAACAGAAGUUUUCCAGACUGUCGAUUUAUGGGAACGCAAGAAUAUUCCGCAAGUUACACAAUGUAUAUUUGCGUUGGGAAGAACGACACAAACGCAUCCGGAGUAUACAGGUCCACCACUGGGUCCAAAAAUGGCUGAAAAACAACAAAUAGAAUUUACGGAAGAGCAAAUAGCAGCUGGUAAAAAUGUUGUCAGUCUUCAGUACGGGAGUAAUCAAGGUGCCAGCCAGGCUGGACAAAGCUUUGGAAAACAGAGAAUGAUAAAUGAUUAAUAAUUACAGACUUAUUUACGAAAUACUCAUUUACAAUUGUUAAUUCGUAUUGUAUUCCUAGGUUUUCCUUUAUUUACCAUGUAUACUAUUCACGAUCUUACAAUAAUAAUAAUGAUAAGUUAGAACAUUUAAAAAAUGCUGGUAUUAUAGAUUUUACUGAUAAAAUAUUACAGUUUCUCAUAAAUAGUAAUAUUGAUGAUAAUAACAAAAAAUAUCAAUAGACGUCUAUGAAGAAUAUGAACAGGAAUUAGAGAAAUGUCAUCCUGAUUUUUUUUUAUAAAUCAUGAAAUAGCCGGAAAUGUGCAAUCUAGUCAUAUAUCUUAGCGUGUAAUUGUCAAAUAUAAUCGUAACACUUUUAAAAAUAUCAGUCUUUAAUAUAAAAGUUUCAGUAUUCUUUCAAAUUACCAUAUCAUAUAUUUUUCCUCUGUAAUAUUAACUGACUUUAACUUUACUUUUAGGAACAAUUUAUGUAUAUAGUUUUACAUUAUAUAAUAAUGCAUGUUUCGUUUUUGUUGGUAGUAAGCUAGUCAAGUGUAUCAAGGCACAUCAUAUGUAGUUAAUUUAUUUUUUAUUUUAUAAAAAGUUGGAUAUAAUA